UGGUGGGGCGGUCCUUAUAAAAGACGAUGAGAGCAUAGUGCUAGAUUAAGACGAGUAACACACGCUCGUCGGGUACGUCGAGCUUGAACUCGCUUUGGGAAACUCGCAGAGAUGUUUAGUCAUAAAAUAGGUUUACUAUUAUUUCUCCUCGCUGUGUUAAAUGGGCACGCGACAGCGAGAUCAAAGCACUUCGACGUUCUAAUUUUCACUCAACGAUGGCCGCAGACGAUUUGCAUCAUGUGGAAAGAGGAAUCACCUUCUCAUUCUUGCGCGUUGCCAAGCGACACUCAGGAAUGGACGAUCCACGGGCUCUGGCCGACCGAAUUUCACAGGAUAGGGCCGGAAUACUGUAACCCGUCGCUGCCGUUCGAUCCCUCCGCGUUGAGUCCUUUGGAAGACCAAUUAAAGGAGAAAUGGAUAGACAUAGAGUUCGGUAGAGACUCUUACUCGCUCUGGAAACACGAGUGGGAGAAGCACGGCACUUGUGCGGCGGUGCUUCCUGAAUUAAGUAACGAGCAGAAGUACUUCGAGGAGGGUCUCGCUUUGUUGUCGCAGUACGACAUGAAAAAUGUAUUGGCUCAAGCCAACAUCGUACCUGGAUACCAAUAUGCGGCAACUGAUAUAUUUAACGCAGUUCAACAAGUAUUAGGCGCUAGUCCUGUAAUCGUGUGCAGAAGAGACAGGGAUUCCGGAGAUUCAUACUUAUUCGAAAUACGAAUUUGUCUCAGCAAAUCUUUGGAAUUAACCAAUUGCGAUAGUGUUACUGAAUUCCCUACGAAUUGCGGUGAAUCUACAAGCGUUGUGUAUCCUGCUGAUGUAUCACAAGAUUACAACGAGGUGUGACUGUUGCAGUUACACCGUGGAAUUGUAUAAAACUGUGCAUAAGAAAUAUUUGAAGAUGUUAAACGAUUUCUAUAUACAUGAGUUUUGAAACGAUUUGAUAAUGAACGAUUACCUUUAUCUUUAAGCGGGUUUACUGUUUGAAAUAAACUUCGCAGCAUUUCCAAA